AUGUCGCCUCCGUCCAUCGGCUCCGGGCUUCACAGGAUCCGUGACGCAGCUCCAGCUUUCGGCCUGAACAGCGUCUCUGUCGCCGGUGAAGGACACCGACCGCCGGAUCUGUCCGUCCGUCCGUCCUCGGCGGCUGCAGCCGGGCAGCGGGCCGCCCUCAGGAGCCCGUCCUCCGGCCGCAGGUGUCGAGUGACCCCAGAGGUGGAGUCUGUAACCUGCAGGUGUCCUCUGACAGGUGUGUUCUGUGUUUUGUUGCAGUUGGAGCUGCAGGUGGACCAGGAGGUGGUCGUCUACGAUCAGAACUCUUCGGAUCCGUCUGCUCUGAGCUCUGAGUCCUUCCUGAGCGUCCUGCUGGUCAAACUGGAGAGAAGCUUCCCCUCCGUUCACCUGCUCUCAGGUGGGUUCUCCGAGUUCUGCCACCUGUUCCCGGGUCUCUGUGAGGGAAAGUCCACUCUGGUUCCCUCCUGCAUCUCUCAGCCCUGCCUGCCCGUCUCCAGCACCGGACCGACCCGCAUCCUGCCGCACCUGUACCUGGGCUGCCAGAGGGACGUCCUCAACAGGGAUCUGAUGCAGCAGAACGACAUCGCCUACGUCCUGAACGCCAGCAACACCUGCCCCAAACCGGACUUCAUCCCCGAGUCGCACUUCCUCCGAGUCCCCGUCAACGACUCGUUCUGUGAGAAGAUCCUGCCCUGGCUGGACCGAUCCGUGGAGUUCAUAGAAAAGGCCAAAGCGUCCAACGCCCGGGUUCUGGUCCACUGUCUGGCUGGGAUCUCCCGCUCAGCCACCAUCGCCAUCGCCUACAUCAUGAAGAGGAUGGACAUGUCUCUGGACGAGGCCUACAGGUUCGUGAAGGAGAAGAGGCCCACCAUCUCCCCCAACUUCAACUUUCUGGGUCAGCUGCUGGACUUUGAGAAGAAGAUCAAGAGUCCCGUCGGUACUGAGACCAAGCUGAGGUGUGAGGCUGCGGUCCAGCCGGAGGAGGCUGCCGGCGGCCCAGAGGCCCCUGGCGGCCCCGGGGGCCCCGGCCUGGCCCUGCUGGAGCCCCUCACGCUGCCCUGCGUCCUGGCCGACGCCCCGGAGGAGCGUCUGCUGGCCCAGGCCCUGAGCGGCCUGCAGCUGGACGAGGACAGCGCCCGGCUCAAGCGCUCCUUCUCUCUGGACAUCAAGUCGUACGGCGAGCCGGGCGGAAGCUCCGCCCACCGGGUGUUCGCGCCCCACGGCGGCUCCACGGACGACUUCUACAAAGCGUCGGCCUUCAAGGAGCCGGGCAGUAAGCCGUGCCAGUUCUCUCCGGUGGAGGAGGUGUCGGAGCAGUCGACGCCGGAGCAGAGUCCGGAUAAGGAGGAGGCCGACGGGCCGCAGCGAGCGGCGCCGCCCGGCUUCGCCAAGCCUCUGCCCGCCGCCCCGAACUGUUCGCAGCUGCACCGCAGCGGCAGCGUGGAGGAGAGCGCCGCCAGCUUCCUGUUCGGUCUGUCCCGCAGCCAGCAGCACCUGGCCAAGGCCGGGUCGGGCGGCGCCCUGAAGGGCUGGCACUCCGACAUCCUGCUGGGCCCGGUCACCGUGUCCACCUCCUCUCUGGCCGGCGGCUGGUACCUCUCCUCCGAGUCCACGCGCUUCUACUCCACCUCCGCCAUCCUGAGCGGCGGCGGCUUCGCGGCCUACGGCUGCAGCCACGGCCUGGAGGCGGUCCGGCGCCGCAGCCGGCAGCGGACUGGCGACCGCGGAGACUCGAGGAGGAGCUGGCACGAAGAGAGCAGCUUCGAGAAGCAGCUGAAGAGGCGCAGCUGCCAGAUGGAGUUCGGAGACGGACGCACGGACAGCCGGUCCCGGGAGGACAUGGGGAAGGUGGGCAGCCAGUCCAGCUUCUCCGGCAGCAUGGAGGUCAUCGAGGUGUCCUGAGAGCCGCCAGCAUCCGGAGGACGAGUCGCCGAGUCGCUUCGACGCGGAACAGAAACACUUGGGUUCCUGAUGCCUUAAAGCUCGUCGAGGAGAAUCUGCAGCACAUCGACGGACUGAAUCACGUUUAGGUUCUGCAGCUCAGAGUUCUGAUCCGAGAGCAGGAAAUCAGAUAAAUCAUUAAAUCAAUGAGAUCAUGUGACUAGAAGCACAGAGAGAAAAUCAAAGCCAAUAAUCAUCAUUAUCACACCGUUAGCUAACGCUGCUAGCAUGCUACAGCCGUGUUCUGGUGGACCCGGAGCUCCACAGGUUCUGUUCAGGAGCUGAGUUUGUCUGUAGUUUAUCUGUAGAGGGAGAAGUUAGACUGUGUGACUGACGACAGAACCGAACCGAUGAAUGUUCUGUUGUUUCUGUGAUUCACUGCAGCAGUUACCGAUCCGACCACCAGGAGGUUCUGUUGGACAUCUGGUGGCUCGGGGUGGUUCUGUUGGACAGAAUGAGACGCUGUUCACUGUUUUCUGACAUGUGUGGAUGAAUGAUUGAUGAUGCUGAUCAGGACGGGACCGGGAGUCGUGUGUUUGUGAAUGGACCUUUAAUCUCUGACGGACUCUGAGCCUGUGAAUGUUUGGACCUUCUGAUCCAUCAGGUUCUCCUGGUCCUCCUCUGGCAGGUGACUCACCUGUGGAGGCUCAGACCCUGUUCACAGGUAACGUUGCACUACUGUGGUGGAGGAAGGUUCUGAUUCAACGUGUGUAAAAUAAAGCCAACGUGUUGGACUGGU